GUACCGCGCGUGGGAGAGGAGUUGGGAGCCGCGCCGGUGGGGCUCCAACGGCGUGGUCUAAUUGGCCGACAUGCGCGAGGUGUUCGCCUCUAAGUGUCGCGAGUUUGGUCGUGUUUGUAACAGUGUCAGAGUGACCGUCGCACUGCGUGUUACACGCGGAACAGGGCCGACGUCGACUUUCCAGACAGAGCUUUCUUCGUUGAACACCCUUAAGCGCCCUUCGUUAAGCGCCCUUAAGACAAACUUCGACGUAGGUGGUAAUAUGGUCGAGAACGCGAUGACCCCAGAUCGAAAGAAAUCGGAGAUGAAGAAACCCGAGACCUUCGAUGUGGAAAUUUCCGCUCCUAAAGUCCGGUUUGGGAAACGUCACAUGGUGACUUUCAUGAUAUUUCUCGGUAUGGCAAAUGCCUACAUAAUGAGGACCAACAUGUCUGUGGCUAUCGUCGCGAUGGUUAAUCAUACAGCUAUCAAGAGCAACGAUGAGGUGAUAGAAAUCGAGGAUAAAUGCGGAGAGUCGACCAAUGAAACUGACGCUGCCGAACGCAGCGCCGACGGACCAUUUGUAUGGGACAACAAGCAACAAGGCUAUCUCUUAAGUUCAUUCUUUUGGGGCUACGUUAUAACGCAAAUACCGUUCGGUAUACUUGCCAAGCGUUAUGGCGCCAAAUACUUCCUCGGAAUCGGCAUGCUGAUCAAUUCGCUUUUUGGAUUACUAGUCCCAGUAUCCGCGAAUUGGGGAUAUUGGCCGCUGAUAAUCGUCCGCUUCAUUCAGGGUUUAGGAGAGGGUCCAAUUGUGCCUUGCACACAUGCAUUGCUGGCGAAAUGGAUACCACCUAACGAGCGGAGCAGGAUGGGUGCCUUUGUCUAUGCCGGUGCACAGUUUGGUACGAUAAUAUCUAUGCCGUUGAGCGGUUUGUUGGCCGAUUGGCAAUUAGUAGGCGGAUGGCCGUCUAUUUUCUACGUGUUUGGUGUUAUUGGUACUCUCUGGUGCAUAGCGUUCCUCAUAUGGGUUUAUGAGGAUCCGGAACAACAUCCAAGUAUCGCUGAAGACGAGAAGAAGUUCAUACUCAGUUCUCUAUGGGGUAGCGCUGGCAUAUCCUCGUCGCCUCCCGUACCAUGGAAGUCCAUUGCAACUUCGUUACCAUUUUGGGCUAUCUUAAUGGCGCACAUGGGUCAAAAUUAUGGAUACGAAACGUUGAUGACUCAACUUCCGACAUUUAUGAAACAGAUUCUUCACUUCAGUAUUAAAAAAAAUGGUAUUUAUUCAGCACUUCCGUACUUUGCUAUGUGGCUUUUCUCCAUGUUUAUCUCUCAUGUCGCUGAUUGGAUGAUCUCCUCGGGAAGAUUUACUCAUACUAUAACUCGCAAGAUCGUUAACAGCAUCGGCCAAUUUGCACCGGCCUUGGCAUUGAUAGCGGCUUCGUAUACCGGUUGCAAUGCCUGGUUGACAGUAACUAUUAUUACAUUGGGAGUCGGUCUGAAUGGUGCUAUUUAUUCCGGUUUUAAAGUAAAUCACCUCGACAUUUCUCCGAGAUUUGCUGGGAUUUUAAUGUCCUUUACAAAUUGUAUCGCUAAUCUCGCUGGACUUCUCGCACCAAUUACUGUUGGAGAGGUGAUUGCUAAAUCGCCAUCACAAGCAAAAUGGAGAAUUGUAUUUAUGAUCUGCGCUGGCGUUUAUAUCUUUUGUGCGGCAUUUUAUGCAAUUUUCGGUUCUGGUCAAAGGCAAGCAUGGGACAAUCCGGAUAAAGAUGACGACAAAAACGAAAAAAAUCAAUUAGAUAGUGUAAAAAUUGUGAACGAGACUCAACAUUGACAAGUGAAUAUUUUACCUAUAAGAUCAGUGAUGAUAUGAGGACACUGAUGACGUGACGAUUGUGUCCAUUUGGUCAUUUAUGCAUGUAUUCAUUCCCUCCCUUAUUUAGCCAUUCGAAACAAGCGACUACAUUAAGACGUUUAAGUUAAUCUCACAACUGUAUAUUUUUUAUCGUAAAGAUAUAAAUUUUUUCAUAAUAAUUAUGUCAAUUCGCCCUGUAGAUCUUCAUACUUUUGUAUUGGAUUGCAAAAGUUGUACAUCAAUUGCUUUAAUAUCAUAUCAUGUUUUGUGUGAAAGAUAAUUUGUAUGUGUAUAAGAAAGAAAGAGAGAGAGAGAGAGAGAGAAGAAAGGGAGAGAUAUAUAUGUAGAAUAUACUCACAACCAAGCUAUUAUAAGCUUCGGUUCGCGUCAUUCGUUAUAUUUUAUAAUUUAUCAAUUUUUACAUAAUAAUUUCGUGUAUUAUGUAGAAUUAGAGAAUCACACUUUAAGAACUGGCAUGCUAGAGAAACGAUGGAAGAGAUGAUUCUCAAAAGAAAUAUAAGAAUGAAAACUAUUACUUGUAGAUAAGCGAAUUUCUGAAAAUGUCAUUACACACAAAUAAGUCAAAGCGGGUACGAGAUUACAGAAAUCUUUUACAAAAUUAUCUUAAUUGUAUAUCAAAAUUAUCUAAUUAAGAAUAUUAAAAUUGAAUUGUGUAUAUCGCUAUUGCUUGAAUAUACAAAUGAACAUCAGUGUAAAAAAAACAUGCUUUUUAGAUACGACGUUAAUUCAUACUCAUUUGUGGUAUGCGGUAUUGUUAUUCUUGCGUAUUAUAAAUUUUGAUAGAAUCAGUACAUUGUAUAUCCCGAUAAAUGUAAAUAUCGAUGUGCACAAUGAGCUCUCCAUUACUUUGGACAUUUCUGCAGUCGUUUCAUAUUUAAAUAUAACUUAAUCUCGGUCUUCCACUUUGCACAAUACGUUGAUUGUUAUUUUUAGAAAAUGGGAUAUAUUUGCUAAGAUUCGUAUGAUAGAUUUGAAUAGAUUUACAAUGAUUAUACCAGGGAAGAAUGAAUUAAUAUUUCCCAACGCUUAUCUUCAAGAUAGAUUUCUUGUUUGUAACUUGACAAACCUGUGGCAGCAGUAUUAGAGUAAAAAUCCUCAUCGUUCAUCUUCUUUUAGUACAUCACUUUUUAUUGCAACUACUGCCAUUUUGUAUUGUAUUGCAUGGUAAUCUAUGUAAAAGAGAUAAUAAUAACAACAAAUCCUGUUUUGUUAUGGGGCCAAGGAGAAGCUAAAGAUUUUUACCUAUAAUGUCACGAACAGCACAGUGUAUACAAUACAACAAUGGUGUUUAUAUAUAUUGUAGAUAUUUGCGCAUAGCAACCCUUAGUUAAGUUAUAGAUAUUAGAUGAGUUAUUGCUCGUAGUUAUUUAUAAAGUGUUUACAAAGAACAAGAAAAGAUCCAUUUUAUCUCCAUCUUAUUAAAAAAUAGAAAUUGUCAAUGAAUGAUCACAUUUGUAGAAUGCAUUUUUUCCUUAAUUGAUAAGUUUUUCUUUUUUUAAACCGAAUAAUAACUGUGACGGCAGUGAUUUCGUUUUCUGUAUGGUCUCGAAAAUCGAGGCUAUUUAUUUGUUGUAAUCGACAUUAGUGUAAUAAUCACUAUCUGAUGAAAUACGUAAUUGCGCGAAAACACUUGCAAGGAUAAAUUUGAAAAGAAUUGAAAUCGAAUUGUUUAAAAUAAAAAUUAAAAGAAUUAUUAAAUAACAUGUAUUAAAAAUAUUUGUUUGGCUUAUUUACGUUAGUUUAUUUAUCUUGUAAUUUUAUACAAAAACUUUAAAAAUAAAUUUACCAACACGCGUUAAUUGUAGAAGGAAAUCGAUACGAGUGUUCUGUGAUCAUGUAUCUACAAGUGCCUUCGACAAGUUUGUUUUUUUUUAUAAGUAAAUGUAGUCUAAAAUAAAAUAAAUUCUUGCAUUACUCUAAUAAAAAAAUAUCAAAAUAUUUGCGAACGUUAUACAACAAAGUAUUUGCGAACGUUAAUACAGCAAUUAUAAACGUAAAUCGAUUUGAAAACAAAUUUGAUGAUAACGAGGAAGUUAUCCCAAUGCUAAAUGAUCAAGUAAUUUAAAGCAAAAUUGUGCAAACACAUUUUUUUAUACAAAUAUUUAUACAUAUUGUACAUAGGACAAUAUACACACACACGAUGCGAUGUUACACCAUUAAAUUGUUUUUAUUGUUGGGAUUGUAAAACAUAUGUGAUAAUAGAACUGCAAGUAAAUAAAAUAAGAAUUAUAACA